ACCGAUGAAUGUAAUUUAGAAAACUGAACCCGACCGAUUAGAACCAUUAAAAACAUUUUUUUUGUUUUUUGAACCCGAGAUUCAUUUAAAACCGACCCGUAACCUAAAAAACCGUCCUGUUUAACUAGACUGGUUCGGUUAUGCGGGUCCUCUCCACCCCUACUUGUACAGAUAUCUGAUUUUUUACGUAGCAAUCCGACCCCACUGUUGCAUCUUCAUCAUUGCCACGAAUUAGUUAGAAAUUAGAAAUGGAUUACUUAUAAAAAAAACGAAAAAGAAAAUAGAAAUGGGUUUAAUUUGGGCGCGCAGUAGAAAUAUAGAUGACUAGAGAAAAAUAAAAAGAGUGAGCAAAGAAAAGAAAAGCAAAGAGAAAUAGGAGGGUUUGUUGUUGUUAUCGAGGUGGUGGAAUGGAUAUUGAAGACGAUCCUGACUAUGAUAUCUUCAGAGACGACGAAGACGAUCCUGAUGCUCAAAUCUCCAGAGAAAAUGAUUCCACCAAAGAGUAUGUCGUUUACCUCGUCGAUGCCUCUUCUAAAAUGUUCAACACUACUUGCCCCUCAUCAUCACCGCAGGAAGAGGGAAAUAAGGAAGAUGAAGCUGAAUAUCAUUUUCAGAUUGCCCUUAGUUCUAUCUCUCACUCACUCAAGGCUCAGAUCAUUAACAAAUCCUAUGACCAAGUUGCCAUAUGUUUCUUUAACACUAGGGAAAGGAAGAACUUACAAGACCUAAAUGGUGUUUAUGUAUUUAAUGUUGCUGAUAGAGACUACCUAGACAGGCCCACAGCAAGGCUUAUCAAAGAGUUUGAUAAUCUCGAGGAAUCUUUUUCAAAAAACAUUGGAAGCCAGCAUGGUGUCAUGCCAGGAACUCGAGAAAAUCCCCUCUACAAUGCUAUCUGGGUGGCUCAAGCACUUCUUCGUAAAGGGUCAGCUAAGACGGUCGAUAAACGCAUACUUUUGUUCACAAAUGAAGAUGAUCCUUUUGGGCGUGUCACAGGGGCUAUAAAAUCUGAUAUGACAAGAACCACACUGCAGAGAGCUAAAGACACACAGGAUCUUGGCAUCACAAUUGAACUUCUUCCCUUGAGUUGCCCCAAUGAAAUCUUCGACAUAUCUAAAUUCUAUGCUGAUUUGAUUGGCUUGGAAGGAGAUGAUCUUGUUAACUUUAUGGCAUCAGCUGGAAACAAAUUGGAGGAUAUGAAAGACCAGUUAAGAAAGCGCAUGUUUACGAAACGCAGAGUCAACAAAUUUAAAUUCACAUUAGUUGAUGGGGUAUCAAUAGAUCUUAAUUCAUAUGCUUUAAUUCGUCCCACUGUUCCUGGUUCAAUCACAUGGCUUGAUUCCGUUACUAAUCGUCCUUUGAAGAGUGUAAGAAAUUUCUUUUGUGCUGAUACUGGUGCAUUGGUGGAAGAAUCUACCACACGGUUUCAUCCUUAUAAAAGCCAGAAUAUUGUGUUUUCUACGAAGGAGCUAUCUGAAAUUAAGAGAGUUGCUACUGGACAUCUAAAUCUUUUAGGGUUCAAGCCACUAAGUUACUUGAGAGAUUAUUACAACUUGAAGCCAUCAACUUUCCUUUAUCCUAGCGACGAGAGUACAGAAGGUAGCAUGUGUACCUUCAUCGCCCUUCAUAGGUCCAUGAUACAGCUCAAUCGUUUUGCAGUUGCAUUUAGUGGUAGUUCAUCUCGACCUCAAAUGGUUGCCCUUAUUGCGCAGGAUGAAGUUAUCCAAUCUGGUGUUCAGAUUGAGCCGCCUGGAAUGCACAUGAUUUAUCUUCCAUAUUCUGAUGACAUCAGACUUAUUGAAGAGCGUUAUUCUGAUACUAGUGGGGCAGUGACUAAAGCAAGUGAUGAUCAGAUAAAAAAGGCAGCUGAUUUAAUUAAGCGCGUGGACUUGAAGGAUUUUUCUGUUUUCCAGUUCAGCAACCCUGCCUUGCAGAGACACUAUGAAGUAUUGCAGGCAUUAGCCCUGGAAGAAGAUGAGAUUCCAGAAAUCAAAGAUGAAACAUUACCUGAUGAGGAAGGCAUGGCUAGACCACGAGUGGUAAGGGCAUUAGAAGAAUUCAAGACCUCUGUAUACGGAGAAAAUUAUGACGAGGAAAGUGAGCAUGGCACUGGAAAGCCAACUGAAGCCUCCAAGAAAAGAAAAGCGCAUACUGAGUAUGCUAUGAAAGAGUGUGAGAACUAUGAUUGGGGUGAACUCGCUGAUACCGGAAAGUUGAAGGAUUUGACUGUGGUGGAGUUGAAAUAUUAUCUCUCAGGACACAAUCUUCCUGUUUCUGGGAAGAAGGAAGCUUUAGUUAGUCGAAUUUUAACUCAUAUGGGAAAAUGAUUAAGGGGACAAUGUUUUGAUCGCUGGUUUGGUAACCUCGAUAAGUAGAACGCCCAAGACUAACAAGUACUUACAAGAAUUAUGUAAAUUAUCAUUUUCGUGCCUUCGUUGUUCUUGACCUUAUUUUGGAUUAUGUACUGAAUUGUACUUAUACUAGAUUAAUCAACAAACAUCAGCAUGGCUGAUGUUUUACUAUGAGAUGUUACUUAAUAUAAUUUCUUAUUAUGAAUGCUAAACCACAUUAUCUGUGUUCAA